AACCCUUCUAGCUGGUAGACACUCAAUGGCUACAGAGGACUUCACUGUCAGUGAUCCACAGUGACGACCUGGGGGUGGGAGUAUAGGAGAGGCUGCACACUAGUGACAUAGCCCUGGUCCAGCAAGAGGGAAGGAAGUUGGCUACUGGAGUUUGACUAACUGACCAAUACAGAUUUUGAGAAUGCAGGGACGUAAGGCUCGCGGGGGGAGGGGUUUGCUGGACAUGGAGGGGGCUCUGACUGCCCGGGACCGUGUGGGAAUCCAAGACUUUGUCCUGCUGGACACCCACACCAGCGAGAAUGCCUUCCUAGACAACCUGAAGAAACGCUUCAACGAGGACCUUAUCUAUACAUACAUAGGCACCCUGCUAGUGUCAGUCAACCCCUACAAACAGCUGGAUAUCUACAGUAAAAAACAGAUGGACAUCUACAUGGGCGUCAACUUCUUUGAGCUUCCGCCACACAUUUAUGCCCUGGCGGACAACGCCUAUCACACCAUGUUGGCUGAGGCCAAUAACCACUUCAUCCUCAUCUCUGGUGAGAGUGGUGCCGGCAAGACCGAGGCUUCCAAGAAGAUCCUGCAGUACUACGCUGUGAGCUGCCCCAGUGUCUCCCCAAUGGACCGUGUCAGGGACCGAAUGCUGCUGUCCAACCCCGUGCUCGAGGCUUUCGGCAACGCCAAAACACUGAAAAAUGAUAACUCUAGCCGCUUUGGAAAGUACAUGGAUAUCCAGUUUGAUAUCCAGGGGGAGGCCGUGGGAGGACACAUUCUAAGCUACCUGCUGGAGAAGUCCCGAGUGGUCCACCAGAACCAAGGCGAAAGGAACUUCCACAUCUUUUACCAGCUGGUGGAAGGAGGGGAGGAGGAUCUGUUGCGUCAGCUGGGCCUUGAGAGCAACAGCCAGCACUACAGCUACCUGGUGAAAGGCCAGUGUGCCAACAUGACCUCAGUCAAUGACCAGAAUGACUGGAGGACGGUGAGAAACGCCCUGUCUUCAAUCGAGUUUGACAAUGGUGAUAUACAAGACCUGUUUGGGGUCAUAGCAAGCGUCCUCCACUUAGGGAACGUUCAGUUUGAGAGUGACAACAAAGGCAACGCCAAGCUGAACAACAGCGCAGAGCUACGCUGGGUGUCAACUUUGUUGGGUGUCAGUGUUCAAGUACUGCAGGAGGGGCUGACAUACAGGAAGAUAGAAGCCAACACAGAUGAGGUACUCAGCCCAUUCACAGUGGACUAUGCCACUUAUGCUAGAGAUGCCUUGGCUAAAGCUAUCUAUGGACGCGCCUUUACAUGGCUGGUCAAUAAAAUCAAUGAGUCCAUGGAGAACAAGGACUUGUCAAGGAAGACAGUUAUUGGGCUUCUGGACAUAUACGGCUUUGAGGUUUUCUAUGUAAACAGUUUUGAGCAGUUCUGCAUUAACUACUGCAAUGAGAAACUGCAGCAGCUUUUUAUCCAGCUGACGUUGAAGUCGGAGCAGGAAGAAUACGAGGCAGAAGGCAUUGGGUGGGAGCCUGUCCAGUUCUUCAACAACAAGAUUAUCUGUGACCUAGUGGAGGAGAAACACAGAGGCAUCAUUUCACUACUGGAUGAAGAGUGUCUGAGGCCAGGAGAGGCCACUGACCUCACAUUUCUGGAGAGACUUGAGGAGAAAAUGGGGAGUCACCCUCAUUUCGUCACGCACAAGCUUGCCGACAAGACGACACGAAAGACACUGGAAAGGGGCGACUUCCGCCUUCUGCAUUACGCUGGGGAGGUCACCUACUGCGUUGUGGGGUUCCUGGACAAAAACAAUGACCUGUUAUACCGAAACAUCAAAGAUGUAAUGCGGGAGUCUAAGAAUGCCAUAGUCAGAGAGUGCUUUGCCUCUAUGGAGUCGGAUAACAGGCGGCGACCAGAGACAGUUGCCAGCCAGUUUAAGAGCAGUCUGGUGGGACUGACAGACAUCCUGAUGUCCAAGGAGCCCUGGUAUGUGCGCUGCCUCAAGUCUAACGAGUCGAAACAGCCAGGACGUUUUGACGACUCGCUGGUUCUGCACCAGGUUAAGUACCUGGGGCUGACGGAGCACCUGAGGGUGAGACGGGCAGGUUUCGCGUAUCGGCGCCGCUAUGAGGUGUUUCUCCAGAGGUACAAGCCCCUAUGCCCGGCCACCUGGCCCCACUGGAAAGGACUGCCUGCAGAUGGAGUGGAGGUUCUGGUGCGCCAUCUGGGAUAUCAGCCGGACGAGUACAAAAUGGGCAGAACCAAGAUAUUCAUCCGCCACCCAAGGACGCUUUUUGCAACAGAGGAUGCCUUUGAGAUCUGCAAAAACGAUCUAGCAUCGAGGAUUCAGGCCCAGUAUAAGGGAUACAGACAAAAAGGAGAAUUCAGAAAACAAAAAGAAGCCGCCACCAAGAUUGAGACAUGCUGGAGAGGAGUACAGGCCAGGAAGGAGAAGGAGAGGAGACAGUGGGCCGUCAAGGUCAUCAAGAAGUUUAUUAAAGGAUACAUGACCAGAGGGGAGGCAAAGACCACUGAUAAUUCUGAAUACCUGGUUUUCGUCCGACAGAGCUACCUAAACAGGCUGAAAAACAAUCUUCCUAAGACUGUUCUCGAUAAAACCACGUGGCUGAGCCCUCCACCAGUACUGACAGAGACAUCUGCGAUCCUGCGUCAGAUCCACAUGCGUCUCCUGGUUAGGAAGUAUGUCAGAGGGAUCACUGCUCAGCAGAAAGCACAGCUUCAACUCAAGCAGAUCACCAGUGCAAUAUUCAAGGGCAAGAAGGACAACUAUCCCCAGAGCAUCCCCCAGCCCUUUGUGGAAACCAGGAUUAGUGAAGAGGACAUAAAUAUAAAGGUCCUGCAGAUGAUUCGCCAUGAACGGAUCAAGUACAGUGUUCCAAUAGUCAAAUAUGACAGGAAUGGAUUCAAACCCCGACCUCGUCAGCUUGUCCUCACGCAAACCGCUGCCUACAUGGUGGAUGAUGCCAAGAUCAAGCAGAGAGUGAUUUACACUACCCUGAAAAGUGUGUCCGUCAGUCCUUUGAGCGACGGUAUAAUCAUCUUCCACGUUGCAAAUGAAGACGUUAAGCAAAAGGGCGACCUGAUAAUGCAAUGUGAUCACCUGUUUGAACUGCUGACCAAACUCAGCGUGGUCGCCAACAAGCAGAACGCCAUCAAAGUGGUCCAGGGCAGCAUCACGUUUCAGAUCCAGGCAGGUAAGGAGGGCGUUGUGGACUUCAGCAGUGGCUCUGAGUCCAUGGUGUACAAGGACAGGAACGGCCACCUGAUGGUGGUAUCCACACGGACCAGGGUCCGAUGACAAGCAGAGGACCCAGUUGAAAAGCACAGAGUUCUAGACCAGACACAUUAGAACCUGUGGACUUUGGCAUGAGACCUAGAAUUUGAUCUUAUACAGCCUGAUUCCAGAUCUUUUUUUUUUGCACAUAUCACAAACAAAUCUACGGUCAAGACAACUUUACGAGACGAACCCUAAAACAAACCUAGAACUUUUACUUUCCUGAAACAGCAUUGGUUACAAAAACCCACUGACGCAACAUCAAUAUAAUUAUUGUAAUUUUCUAAGCAGAGCUUUUAAGAAACCCUUCUAAUGCACGUAUCCUGUCUUGAGUGAACUAUGACAAGAAUUUAGGAGAUCCAGAACACUGAAAUCAGGUAAAUGGAUUUCAGGCACACUUGGAUUUUUUAUGAAUACAAGGUUAUAAAGACAAACUUAUAGUUUAGUAUUUCAGUUAUAAACAAUAGGUUUUCUUGAAUGACAGCAGAAAGCGAUCCUUUAUUAAAUAGUAAAUUAUAUAUUUUUGUACUAUCAAAGCUUCAGGGUAGGAAUUGCAUAAGAAUCAUUAAUUUUGCAACUAUAAGGCCUUAUGUACAUCAUUUUAUACUUUGACUAAUACAAAUUAAAUAAGAAACUCA